UGCCGAGGAGGGGUUUAUGCGUGCGGCACGAGUGUGUGUAUGUGUACCUGUGUGUGUUAGACCAGCAUUGUUCCUGAUAGAGGGAAAACUGUGCCGCGCUGUUUGGAAAAUCCAAGGUCAUUGGAGAACAGUCACAUGCGCCGUAUGCAUGUGUGUGUGUGAGUGAGUGAGUGAGUGUGUGUGUGUGUCUCUCUCUCGUUCUGUCUUUCUCUCUGGCUAUGUGACAGAAAGAGAGAGGCUUCAGGCAAAGAACAGAGAAUUUCAUCAGGUUUUCCAUCAAUGUACGGUGUGUGUGGAUGCUGUGGGGCUUUGAGACCCCGUUAUAAGAGGCUGGUGGAUAACAUCUUUCCUGAAGACCCUGAGGACGGUCUGGUGAAAGCUAACAUGGAGAAGCUUACUUUUUAUGCCUUGUCUGCUCCAGAGAAACUAGACCGUAUCGGUGCCUACCUGUCAGAGAGACUAUCCAGAGACGUUGCCCGGCAUAGAUAUGGGUAUGUUUGUAUUGCCAUGGAGGCUUUGGACCAGCUACUGAUGGCCUGCCACUGUCAGAGUAUAAACCUUUUUGUGGAGAGUUUCCUCACUAUGGUGCGCAAGCUGCUAGAAGCCGACAAACCCAACUUACAGAUCCUGGGCACAAACUCAUUUGUGAAGUUUGCAAACAUAGAAGAGGAUACAGCAUCAUACCACCGCAGCUAUGAUUUCUUUGUCUCCCGCUUCAGUGAGAUGUGCCAUUCCAGCUUCGAGGAUCCAGAUGUUCGCACAAAGAUUCGUAUGGCAGGGAUCAGGGGGCUUCAAGGGGUGGUAAGGAAGACUGUCAAUGAUGAGCUGCAGGCAAAUAUUUGGGACCCUCAGCACAUGGACAAAAUUGUGCCAUCGCUGCUUUUCAACCUCCAGCAAGAAGAAGGCAUUGAGAGGUCUCCUUCUCCAGAGACAGAGAAGGAGAAGGAAAGUCCGGUGGAGCUGACGGAGAGAUGCUUUCGAGAGCUGCUGGGACGAGCGGCUUACGGAAACAUUAAGAACGCCGUGAAGCCUGUGCUCAUGCACCUUGAUAACCAUUCACUCUGGGAGGGCAAAACAUUUGCAGUGCGCUGUUUCAAAAUCAUUAUGUACUCCAUUCAGUCCCAGCAUUCUCAUCUGGUGAUUCAGCAGCUUUUGGGCCACUUGGAUGCCAACAGUAAGAACUCAGCCAGAGUGCGUGCUGGGAUAGUGGAGGUGAUCUCAGAGGCAGCUGUUAUAGAGGCCAGUGGCUCUAUAGGUCCCACAGUACUGGAGGUGUUUAAUACUCUACUGAAGCAGCUCAGACUUAGCGUGGACUACGAACUCACUGGAUCCUAUGACUCUUUUGCAAAUAUGGGCACCAAGGUCAUUAAAGUACAUGAGGAGAGACAACUCCAAGAAUCUGUCAUCAAAACUAUUGGCUCUUUUGCAAACACCCUGCCCACCUACCAGCGCUCUGAAGUCAUGCUGUUCAUCAUCGGUAAAAUCCCUGUGCCAGGCAUGUAUCCUGCUCUGGGGUCAGCCAACACUGGGGUUGAGGGCAGUAGGAUGAUCCAGAUUAUGCUGCUGAAGUCUCUGCUGCAGGUAACAGCAGGAUUCCAGUCUAACAACAUUUUGACAGCCCUUCCCACAUCAUUCCUGGACCCUCUUCUGUCCUUCACUCUGAUGGAGGACGCUGAGAUCCGUCUGCUCGUGCUCGACAUCCUCAUAAGCAUCAUCGAUCGCCAUGACAACCGGCACAAGUUCUACCCUGUCAGAAUUAUAUCAGACAUCUCAGUACUGAAGCUGAAAGUAGACAAGUGCUCCAGACAGGAUAACUUGUUCAUGAAGAAACACAGCCACAGAUUGUACCGCCACAUUUACUUGGCCUGUAAAGAAGACAGCAGCGUCCAGCGACACUUUGAGUCUCUUCAUACGCUACUGGGGUUGAUCUGUGUGGAGCUCGCCAAUGAGGAGGUGGUGGUGGACCUCACCCGACUGGCUUUGGCCUUACAGGACCUGGCCUUGACUGAUGAGACCCUUCCUGUUUAUACCCGCUGUGCCAUCCAUGCUCUGUCUGCUGCAUAUCUCAACCUCAUCAGCCAACUGACCACUGUGCCCACCUUCUGCCAACACAUCCAUGAGGUGAUUGAAUCAAGAAAGAAACUUAUUCCAUUCCUGCUGCCAGAGGAUGUUCUUGUGGAGAGUCCAAAGAUCCCAGAGAAGCUGGAAAAGGUAGAGGGAGAGAUGCUGUUUGCGCAGGCUAAGAUAGCAGAGAUGCUGGGCGGCAGCGGAUAUAACACAGAGAGACUGGCCACUGCAUACAUCCCACAGAUCACAGAUGAAGACAGACUGUCUAAGAGGAAGAGUAUUGGAGACACUGUCUCUCUCCAGUUAGAGAUGGAGUCUAGAAACAGUCCAGAGAAAGAGCAGAGGUCUACAGCAGAGCAGAUAACAUUUGAAACUCUUAAACAAGCCAUUGUAGACAGCGUGAAUGUGGAGGAGCUGGAGAGAGAGCGCAGAAGGCAAGUGGUAGAGAGGUUUCAGACCGCUCCAUUUGAGGAGAUAGCAGCCCACUGUGGGGCCAGGUCAUCCCUGUUGCAGAGUAAACUAAACCAAAUCUUCGAAAUCACAAUCAGGCCUCCACCGAGCCCGUCUGGCUCUGUCGGUAACGGUCACGGCCGGAGUCGCUCUGUACCAGUCUACGAAAUGAAGUUUCCAGACCUCUGUGUAUACUGAGACACAGAGUCACCACAUACAGCUGUUUUCAUCCCACCAUUAUCACUCCUUCUCAGUGUCCAGGUGUAACUCUGUCUUCUAAAAUGUGUAAUAUCAGACUUUAGAUAGGGAUUAUGGCUGUACUUUAUCCUGAGGUCUAUUUACAGCAGCAAGGACAAACAAACCAAGAGAAUAUACCAUAUGUUUGGUUAAAUAUGCACUUAUACACUUAGUCUAGGACUCAAUUUAUCGACAAAUGAUCGUAUCUUGUCUGAUAGCGUAGAGAGCAGAAUGAGGUUUCGAUGUUUUCACUGUGUAAGUGUAUAUAGUCUGCUGUCCAGAGCAAGUGGUUGGUUUUCUUGUACAAGUAAAGCUGCCUUAAAUUUUGUAUAUUAAGUUGAGAAGAUUGACGAAUGUCCUAGAUAUGUUUCCAAAAAACUGUGUACGGAGUUUAGCUAAAUACAAGCUUUGUUUGCAUGUUAAAACCGUCUCUACAUGCUGCAAUAACAGUUGUAUUUAAAGCAAUAAUUAAUGCAUUGAAAAACUUGUGAGUAGAAGCUAAACUUAAACCAUAGGAAAUAGUUUCCAGUUCAAAUGAAUGCAGUGUUCCAAUCAGAAGCGAUGGCCUAAUGACAUCAUGCCAUGUAAGGAAGUGAAUGUGGUUUAUUUACGUAGUAAAGUUAGACCUCUGUAUCGUCAUUCAUACACUGUAAUCCAGGGGUGUCCAUUCCUGCUCAUGGAAAGUCACUGUCCUACAGAUGCUAUAAUAUGACACACACACAUAUACAGUCAAGCCCAAAAUCUCAGGCUUGAAAUUCACGCUGUGGUGAGCCCUGAUAAAGAAUGGAGUCAGCCAAAGGAAAGUUGUGUAACUCUUUAUUUUAACAUGUGAUCUGAUCUUCACUUUUCACCUUGUAUUUUGCACCAAGGAGACCCAGAAGUCCUGGAACUCAAUCAGGACAUGUGUUAGGGCUUCCCUUACCAUAAUAUACCUAAAAACAUUAGGGUAGAUUUAGGUCAUGACGUCAGGUCAAAAAUCAAUGUCUAGCCAGCAUCUAAGGACAACAUUAUUUUGAUUUAUAAUAACGACGUCAAUUUAUGUUGAAAUUUGGUUGAUUUUAGGUUGUGUUGGAAAGUAACCAAAAUCCAAUGUCUGAUAGAUGCCAAAGUGGUAACGUCCACACAACGUCAAGGUGUAACAUGAUUAGGCGUUGAUAUUUGGUUGACUUUAGGUUGGUCAUUGACGUCGGCCUGACGUUGCGUUCUGGCGUAAACCCGAUUUUCAUUUCCAGACAAAAUCCAACGUCCCCACGAUGUUGGGGUACGUUGGAGUACAACGUCAAUACGUUAUGUUGACAUCCUGUGCCUGCAGGGACAGAUUGCUGUAAAAACGUAUCAAGAAGGAGCUCAGUGACUUAAUUGAUGAGAUAACUCGUCAAUGGGGAAAGAGUACAUUGAGAUUUAAGCUAAUGUUGUGUUCCAGACAACUGAAAAUUAAGAGAUUUCCUACAUCCCACUUGGAAAUAACAUCUAGAAUGCAGCUAGAAGGCAAACCCUGACUUCAUUGAAACAUGUCAUUUGACAUCACAGAUGCCGGCUAUUUCUGCUUCAGCAACAUUUGUGUAGAACUACCGAAAUGUGAGACAUACAUAAACUUUCAUGUAUGUUUGCAGCACAGUUAGAACCUACAAAUAAAGGCUAUUUCUGAGGUGAUAUUAGCUUUCUAGUCCAAUAUGUAAGAUAUAAUCAACAACUUGCCAUGCGUUAAAGGAUUUUAAUGCAUGACGUGGAGGCUGCGCUUCGUGUGGUUGCCUCCGCGAAGUGCAUUAAACUCCUUUAACACAUGGCAAGCCUUUGAUUUUCCCGCUUAUUCCAUGGUCAUUUGCCAAGGUAGGCCUAAGUUUAAAAUAGUUUUGCUCUUUGCAGUGCAAAAUUUGUCCUAAUUUUUGUUAGUUGUUACAUGUCAGAUUUUCUAGUCCCUUCACUGAAUCAGCUGUGACAGGCUGACAGACGGAGAGAGAGAGCGAGAGCAUGUGCGUGCUGUUUAUACCUGCUAAUAUUAAGAUGCGAUUUCAUCAUUCCAGGACAGAUAAGAGAACAUUCUGCUUUAUUUAUCUUCUUUCAAACAAAAGCAAUUGGCCAAACAUGCAGGAACAGUGUAAUAUUACAUCAUUUACGGUCAUAAAUUAUGAAACUUAUCCCUUUACAAAAAAAAGUACACCUGAGAACAAAUAAUAGGUUAAAAAUUCCAAAGACUGACCGUUAGAUACACCAAAGAUUAAUUAUAUAUCAGGUUUUAACAACAGAGAUGCAAGAGAUUAAAUCCAGCGGCAGGUCCUGAGAUGGUCUGGCCCAACAUUUUUAAAUAUGAACUACUCUUAUACAAAAACUGCCGAUUUGACUAAAAUAACUAUAUUCUCACUUGAGAAACUCCUUAACUUGAUUUUGUGGCAUAAUUGAUGAGUAAUUUUCAAAUUUUGCGGAUUUCCCAUCCGUCAUUAACAGUCCUUGUUGGUUUCCUGUGCAGCACAUGAUCCAAACUGACUGAAACUACCUGUUCAUUUCAACGAAAAUAAUGCACAUCUUCCAGCCAAUCAGAAUCAAGAAUUUCAACAGACCAUGGAAUAAAUAAAGUUAUUUAUGUUUUUCGUCAGGUGUAUUAAAAAGUACAGCUAGCAUUUUCUCUUCUCUUAGUUUUUUCGGAACAUUCAUUCAUUUUCUUUUCGGCUUAGUCCCUUUAUUAAUCCGGGGUCGCCACAGCAGAAUGAACCGCCAACUUAUCCAGCAGAUGUUUUACACAGCGGAUGCCCUUCCAGCUGCAACCCAUCUCUGGGAAACAUCCAUACUCUCACACUCAUACACUAUGGACAAUUUAGCCUACCCAAUUCACCUGUACCACAGGACUGUGGGGAAAACUGGACCACCCGGAGGAAACCCACACGAACGCAGGGAGAACAUGCAAACUCCACACAGAAACGCCAACUGACCCAGUAGAGGCUUGAACCAGUGACCUUAUUACUGUGAGGCGACAGCAUUACCUACUGCGUCACAUGUUAUGAAAUAUUCACAUCUCACAUGGUGUAAGUGCAAGCGUCCGGAACGCAUCAAUGUCAGAAAAGUCAUUUUUCUUCUGAAAUUCCCAUCUCUGACUUUGGAACUUUAUCAAUUCUGAGGGACAGUGGUCUAGGAACAAGUUUGGACACCCCUGUUGUAAUCGCUGUAUUUACACUUGCAUAUAAUGUCAUUCGCAAACAAAGGAAGUACAAUUAAGUGAAUGUCGUGUCUGCACAGCUUUCAAGUAUACUCAAUGUGAAAGAGCACAGAUGGACACAUGCACAGUACUACCUAGUGGACUCAACAUUGACCAUGGAUGCAAAAAUCAGUGUGCACACUGAUGGACACUAAAUUACGUUAUGCAGACAUUGUGAAACAGGUUGUCUAAAGUAUACUUAUCUCUUAAGGGGUUUUAUUUUCAAACUAGACUCUAGGCUUAAGGAUCCUUUUUUUAUUGUGCCUCUCAUGCAGAAUGUUUCGGAUCCCACAUUGUGAGGGAUGAGUCGGAACGGGGAGUUUCAAGGCUGUCGUGACAUGGAUGACAGUGAAUUUUAGGUGCAAAACGGGCCAGGUAGUAAGUUAAGUGUAAAAGGGGCCAGCUAUUCAGAUUUGUGCAAGUAAACCUCACUUUUUCUUUCUUGAACCACGGUUCCACUGACAGAACCACUGACUCAAUUAAUAUUUUGCAGUAAAAAGGUAGUUCUGAAUAUGACUGCACACUUACAGACUCCUAUUUUUUUGGGGUCUAAUGGAAUCAACCUUUAUUUUGCCAUGAUAAACGCGUUUGAUUUGUUCCUUGUAAAGUUUUCUUUCCUUAUUCUUUCUUUUUACAAGAAAAAAAUGUAAAUACUUUCAGCUUUAUGUCCAGAUUUUAGUUCUCCCAGAGUUAAUCACAGCACUUUAAAGCUCACUGUGUUAAUGUGUUGUAUGAAUAUACUUAAUGUUGUGCGAUUCAUCUUCUUGUCUAAGAUUUGAAAGUGUUUGUCAUGUCAUACUAUUCUGGUUUCAAAGUCUUUUGGGGUAUUUUUUCCCUCAUGUUGUGAUAUUUUUUUGGUGAUGCCUUUUAUGUUAUUUACAAGCAUAAAAGGCAACAAGUGAGUUUUAUCUUCUGUCAAAUAUGGCUACGAUGUUCAACAGAUGGAAUAUUCUAGGCUGCUUACAUGUGAGGUGAUUUUUGCAUGUAUGAAAUCAAAUAUCAAAGUUCAAAGUUUAGUCUUUCCUGGUCAGCCGCUGCAUGCACUGAGUGUUUUGUCUGUGCUUUUACCAUUUAUUUAUUUAUUUAUUUUUAAUAAGUGAGAUCAUUACAACACUGUGGAUCGUAAAUAGUCUAUUGUGUGUUUUAGAUAUGGACACCGCAAACCAAUAUGACUUCAGAACUGUGUUCUGUGAAUGUUUGCCUACAUAAAAAUCAUAAAGUGAUGUACAUAUGUGAUGUGAAUAUCAAUUAAAGACUAAUUUUAUGAAUUCAAACUAAA